UUGUCCUGGGCUUCUUGUUAGUGCGGGUUUAGUGUCGACGCUAAAUCACGCCUCCCCCCCUAAUGCGGAACUGCCAAACCCAGAUGCACACGAGGAGUUUCUGCCGCCGAAAAACAUAGUGUCUCCACUUCCCACGCUACUAUUCUUGUGUUCCUCUGGUCCCCGUCUCAUUCUUAUUUCAUAAAACCGCCCUCCUCCUACACUAACUAUUAAUCUGGAUGAUUUUCCAACGGAGUUUAGCCUUGCUGGAGUGUCGUGUGUGGUGUUGAUACUGGGGUUCGCCUAUCGUCUAGUGAUGAAACGAAUACGAUCUCUUUCUUCUUUUCUAUGAUUACUUCUCGUGCGAUCGACUGCGAUAGUCGGAUAUGACAACAACGAUGGACACGGGCUUAUUGCCCACGAUCAAAUGCUCCAAUUGUGGCAUGAGUGUCGAGAUUUCUGUCAUGGGAGACCAUAUCUGCGGACCUGUGUCAGGUAUGAUAGCUCUUACUUUGCCUAUACCCAUACGUAUAACUCCGUGACGCUAACGAGGUUGCUAGUAUCUCCAACGCCUCCUCCACCACCCCCCAAAUCACACAGGCCGUCAAAAAGUAUGGGGAGAUCAGGAAUCCCCCCGCCGAUUGACCCGUCCAAAGCCAGUACGUUCUCCAGCAGAAAACACCGUCCUUCAGGAAUGGUCAGUAACAGCCUUUGCAGAUCGACCAUUUAUGCGCCUAGAAGCGGUGAUGAGCAGCAAGGGGAGUGUCACACCAUUCCCAGGCGGCCAGCAAUCCCCGCCUCCUCCGCUGCUACGCAGCCAGACAUCUCCCCUCCCCGCAGAGCUGCGAUUCUCAGAUCAAGAUGAUAUUCCGAAAUUCCCCCUCCCCCGGUCCAUGUCGCAGAAACAAUCGUACAACAUGGUACCACUAGAGACCCCGUACAAGGCGCUACCAGUUCCAACCGGUCAAAAGGCUGACCGACCGCUGGGGAGCAUACGGUUACCUUUAGGCGAGGAAGCGGUGGCCCCGCCACCGUUGCCCAAGGAUGAUGUGCCUGGGCCCUUGCCCACCUUUUCCCACAAAUAUAGCUACUCCACUGAAAGUAGAAGCAGUUACCGAACUUCUGUCGCAAGCUCUCGGUAUGAUUCUAGACGGUCAACAUCGGUAUCUAUGGGACGGCCAUCCUUCGGUAGCAUGGCUCAGUAUAAAUUCAUGGACGCUGCUCCCCCGGUGCCGUCUACUAUACCUAGCAGUCUGCUUCGUGACUCGACUACAUCCACCUUUUCUGAAUCGGACACGGCGCGCAGUGACAGCAAACAAGACGAGGACAAGAACCGCUUUGCCCCUAAUCUCGGUACGUUGACGGAGCGGGCGAGCGACAAGGCAGAUGACAAGGAGGCCAAGCAAAAUGGUCUCCGGGCCUCGUCUCAUACCAACUCAGACCGUUUGAGCAGCAACCGUGGGUCCGCUGAAUUGUUCUUUCGAAGCCCUACGCCAAGUUCUGCCGGUACGCCGUCCGAUUUACCAGAUCUCUCCCAGGAUCGGCCCACUUCCCCUGCCGAGUUACAGAGUAUUGAAUACAAAGCCUACAGGAGCCCGGGUCUCCCACACCUGCAACCCCCGGGCCGGGAGUUUGGCAGCCAUUAUGGGCCUACUGAAGCGCAUCGGAAAAAUUCAGAUGCUAUUAGUGAAGCCGGUCUUUCCAUAACCAAUUUUGCCCGUGAGCUAGGAUUAGACCACGUGGACAGUGCAGUGGAUGAGAGCUCGGCCUCUUCAGAUUCAUCACCAAGUGACACACGGAGCGGCACCUCCUUAUCCAGCAUCGGGUCGGAUUCAAGUAUCUUACGGCGAAACCCGUCCGAUCAGGAUCAACUAGCCACGUUAGUGGAGGGUCUAAGCAAGGGCGAUGACAACGAUAAAACCUUCCUACUUGGAAGCGCCGACACUCUCGAGCCUCCUCGGAUACCUGAGCAUUUCUUCAGUCCUGACUCUCCGACCGACCCGGCCAUUACCACGGGAAGCGUGUCUCUUAUUCGCGAUAAGCCCACGCAGGACGUAGCGAAGAAAGACCUACCAGAGCCUCCCGCAACAAGCCCCACAAAUGAACGCUCUGCUCGUCCAGCACCUCGUCCAAAGGGCCCUUGCCGUGGGUGUGGUGAGAUGAUUAUCGGAAAAUCUGUUUCAUCCGCCGAUGGUCGCCUUACAGGUCGGUAUCACCGAGCCUGCUUUGUCUGCUAUGACUGCAAGACCCCUUUCCAGACCGCCGACUUCUAUGUCAUGGACGAUCUUCCAUAUUGUGCUCAGCAUUAUCACCAGCGCAACGGCUCUCUCUGCCAUGCGUGCUGCACUGGCAUUGAGGGACAGUAUCUGGAGACAGUUGAACGACGCGGUCGUGGCCCCGCCGAUCGCCACAAGUUCCAUCCUGAGUGUCUCACAUGUCGUACCUGCCAAGUUGUCCUGAAAGGGGAAUAUUUCGAAUGGAACGGCCAAGUGUACUGUGAGCGUGAUGCCCGCCGAGUUGCAGCUUCCACACCUCCGCCCCCUCGCUUCCAGCGUCCAGGCCCCAGUCCAGGGUUGAUGCCGCCUUCACCGCUGUCCCAUUCUCGCCAACCUUCGCGCGGUUAUCCCCGCCCUCCUCCAGGAUACCCAGGACGCCCUGGUCCACGCCCUGGCCCCCCUGGUUCCCUUGCUCCUCCUGGCCCUACAGGACAGCCAACGACCCGUCUUCCGCCACCGAGUGCUUUCGACGGGCCGUACGGGAUGGUCCCCGGCGGUGGUGGGCGAUUCCCAGAGCGAAGAACCACCAAAUUAAUGAUGAUAUGAUGUUAGAACCCUACCCGUAUGUGCAGUGCCACAUAUUUAUUCCAUUCCUAUUUGGCUCCCUAGGUGGCAGUAUUAUAUUUUCCCCUCUUCGUCUAUUCACGGGUCGGAGUAUUGUGUCUUUUUGUUUUUAUGCAUAUUCCGGCUGCCUUAUACCCUUCGUUUACUGUUUAUAUUGUAUCUUACGGUGCUUCUUUUCCCCUUGGUACCGUCCUGGGCUGGAUAUUGAACACUUGGAACAUUUUGAUAUGCUUUGAUGUCUCCUUACAUAAUGUUUGAUAUAAUGUUGAUCAUAUAGAAGACACCGGCUGGCACGUGAUGUGACUAGACCGUUGAUGAUAUCAAUAAUUUGGCUCUAGCUUAACUUAUAAUAUCGAUCCAGACAUAUCCAGAGUAUACCAAAGUACAUUGAAUACUUCUCCAGAGCGCGCCCAACCCGUUAUGGUCCAAGCAAUAGCACUGGUACUUUCUAAAUUCUAGGCAGCGUUACUCACCGUCCUCGCCUUUUGCGAAUUGACAAGCUUUUUAAGAUUAGAGAGUCCAAACUAUUUAUACUACUAGCUAGAGAAACCUUAUAAAACAGGUUCAGAAAAUGUAUCUCUUUUAAUCUUGAUACCCUUGACACGCAGGUCGAGAAUACAGUUCCGCUAGCACCCUG